CCUGAACAGGCUGGGUCCUCUGCCCCGCGGAAAGUUUUCUGUGCUGCGAGGAAGCUAGACAUUCGGAGACUCCGAGAAAGCAGCUCCGGAGGCUGCAGGGGUCUGGGCGGCCAUGGAGGAGCCCCCUUUGCGAGAGGAGGAAGAGGAGGAGGGGGACGAGGCUGGGCCCGAGGGGGCCCUGGGCAAGAGCCCCUUCCAGCUGACCGCCGAGGACGUGUAUGACAUCUCCUACGUGAUGGGCCGCGAGCUGAUGGCCCUGGGCAGCGACCCCCGGGUGACACAGCUGCAGUUCAAGAUCGUCCGCGUCCUGGAGAUGCUGGAGACGCUGGUGAAUGAGGGCAGCCUGACGGUGGAGGAGCUAAGAAUGGAGCGGGACAACCUCCGGAAGGAGGUGGAGGGGCUGCGGAGAGAGGGCUCGGCGGCCGGCAGGGAGGUGAACCUGGGACCAGACAAAAUGGUGGUUGACCUGACAGAUCCCAACCGACCACGCUUUACUCUACAGGAGCUGAGAGACGUGCUGCAGGAGCGCAACAAACUCAAGUCGCAGCUGCUGGUGGUGCAGGAAGAGCUGCAGUGCUAUAAGAGUGGCCUGAUCCCAGCAAGAGAAGGCCCAGGAGGAAGAAGAGAAAAAGAUGCUCUGGUUACCAGGGCCAGCAAUGCCAGCAGUAACAAGGAGGAGAAGACAAUCAUAAGGAAGCUGGGGCACGGGUUCGAGCCCUGGGAAGAUCCCACAUGCCGCGGAUCAAUUAAGCCCGUGCGCCACAACUACUGAAGCCCGUGCGCCCUAGAGCCCGUGCUCUGCAACAAGAGAAGCCACCGCAAUGAGAAGCCUGUGCAUCGCAACGAAGAGUAGGCCCCGCUCACCGCAACUAGAGGAAGCCCGUGCGCAGCAAUGAAGACCCAACGCAGCCAAAAAUAAAUAUAAUUAAUUAAUUAAUUUUAAAAAAAGACUCGGGGCUUCCCUGGUGGCGCAGUGGUUGAGAAUCUGCCUGCCAAUGCAGGGGACACGGGUUCGAGCCCUGGUCUGGGAAGAUCCCACAUGCCGCGGAGCAACUAGGCCCGUGCGCCACAACUACUGAGCCUGCGCGUCUGGAGCCUGUGCUCCGCAACAAGAGAGGCCGCGAUAGUGAGAGGCCCGCGCACCGUGAUGAAGAGUGGCCCCCGCUUGCCACAACUAGAGAAAGCCCUCGCACAGAAACGAAGACCCAACACAGCCAUAAAUAAAU